UUGUGACCAUAGACGAAAAAACAGUCUUGUUAUGAAUGUGACCUCCUAUCAUAUGCCUUUGUCCUAUAUAAGAAGUGUUAUUUUGUGCCUAUAUGAUUUUCGCCAUGUUGGCGCUUAUGGUAGCGGUAGGUAGUGGUAUUGGAAAUUCGACUUAAUCCUAAUUAUAGAUAUCCGACACUAACUUCAACUGGCGGCUUUCAAGUCGGAACGAAGCAAAAGCUGUCAUUCCCAAAGAUAUUCAGCGGAUAUCGAUAGAGUAAGGUAUUUAGAAUUAUUUUUUAUUCUAAAAAAAAAAUUGGAUGCAACGAUUAAUGUCCAUUGCCCAUGAUAACACAAAUUGGUUAUUCUUCAUAACGAAACGUCAUUCCAGAUGCGAGAAAAUAACAAAGAUGGCUGAAGAACAGGAGGUGCGUCAGAUAGAGUUGUUGUGCAAACAGCUGUAUGACUCCCAGGAUCAUAUCAUCAGGGAGCAGGCGGAGAAGGCGGUUGUUGCGUUCCAGGAAUCUCCGGAUACCCUCAGCAAGUGUCAGGCACUGUUGGAGAGAGCUGAUUCCAGCUACUCCCAACUCUUGGCAGCUACUACCCUAGCUAAACUACUAAGCAGAUCAACAACCAGUCUAUCUGUGCAGCAGAGGCUAGACAUAAGAAAUUAUGUCCUCAACUAUCUCGCUACAAGACCUAAACUGGCCACUUUUGUUGUACAGUCGCUUGUCUCUCUGUUUGCUCGUAUCACGAAGCUCGGCUGGUUUGAUAUGAUCAAAGAGGAAUAUGUCUUCCGUAACGUCAUGAAUGAUGUCUCCAGUUUCCUUCAGGGUCCAGCGGAGAUUUGCACGAUCGGUGUUCAGUUGUUGUGUCAGCUGGUGUCUGAGAUGAACCAAGUGUCUGAGGAUGCCAGCCGAUCGCUCACAAAGCACAGGAAGAUCGCGUCUUCAUUCAGAGACAACCAGCUGUUUGAGAUAUUCCGUCUGUCAUGUUCACUGCUGGGUGCUCCGCUGAGACUGGGUGAGAGUGCGCAGCAGGCGCUGCUGGCGGCGCUCCUGCGGCUGGCACACGCCUGUCUCACCUUCGAUUUUAUAGGCACCACCAGCGAUGAAUCUGCAGAUGAUCUCUGCACUGUACAGAUCCCUACAUCAUGGCGACCAACAUUUCUAGAACCAUCAACAUUAGGUCUCUUCUUUGAGCUGUAUCACUCCUUAGCUGGUUCUUUAGCCGGUCUAGCGCUGGCAUGUCUAGUACAACUGGCAUCAGUACGAAGAAGUCUGUUCAGUAAUAAUGAACGAGCCAAAUUCCUGAAUAGAUUAGCUGCUGGAGUGCUUAGGAUAUUGGAUAAUACGCAGGGUCUAUCGGAACCGGCUAAUUAUCACGAGUUCUGUCGUCUACUCGCCCGUUUAAAGUCAAACUAUCAACUCGGAGAGCUGGUUAUGGUUGACAAUUAUCCUCGACUUAUUGAACUCGUCGCCAAAUUUACUGUGCAGAGUUUACAAAUGUGGCAGUUUGCGCCCAACUCGGUGCAUUACUUGUUGUCAUUAUGGCAACGUAUGGUGGCAUCGGUGCCAUACGUGAAGGCGACAGAGCCUCACCAGCUGGAAACUUAUGCACCUGGUGUUACUGCUGCAUACAUUGCUUCUAGAUUGGAUUCAGUGGCUGUUGUUGUCAGUGAAGGUCUGGAGGACCCGCUGGAUGACGUGGGCACGGUACAGCAGCAGCUGGAGCAGCUGUCGGUGAUCGGGAGAUGCGAGUACGGGAAGACAUGUCAGCUGCUGGUGGCGCACUUUGACCGUGCUGCUGCUGAGUACAGCGUGGAGCAGCGCCCGCAGCAGAUACUGGUGCUGCAAGGUCAAUUAACUUGGUUGGUGUACAUCAUCGGUGCAGCAAUCGGUGGCCGGGCAUCAGUUACAACAUGCGAUGAGAACGAUGCCAUGGACGGUGAGCUGGUCUGCAGAGUGCUGCAGCUGAUGGACCUCACCGACUCCAGGCUGGCCAGGGGUGGCUGCGAGAAGCUGGAGCUGGCUAUGAUGUCGUUCUUCGAGCAGUUCCGUAAGAUCUACGUGGGUGAGCAGGUGCAGAAGAGCAGCAAGGUGUAUCGCCGUCUCAGCGAAGUGCUCGGUCUAGCUGAUGAGAGUCAGCUCCUCAGUGUGCUCAUGAGGAAGAUUAUAACGAAUUUGAAAUACUGGGGCGGGUCUGAACAGAUCAUAUCAAAGACCCUCGGCCUGCUGAGUGACCUCAGCGGAGGGUACGCUUGUGUCAGGAAACUGGUCACAUUGGAGGAGGUGCAGUUUAUGUUGACACAUCAUACUGCAGAACACUUCCCGUUCCUGGGCAUCUCAGGAGUUGGACCCUCGGAGAUGAGAUGCCGCACCAUGUUGUAUACCGCUCUCGGCCGACUGCUGAUGGUGGAGCUCGGCGAGGAUGAGGAGAGGUUUCACGCGUUCAUGAUGCCGCUCACAGCUGCGUUCGAGAGUAUAAUAGGUCUGCUGGGACCUCCUGAGAGUCCUCUCUUCGCCUCUGAGGAUGCCAAGAAGACGCUGAUUGGACUCGCGCGAGACCUUCGCGGUUUAGCCUUCGCCUUUAACACAAAGACCACUUACAUGAUGCUGUUUGAUUGGAUUUAUCCAGUAUACCUGAAGGUGUUACUCCGAGGUCUGGAGGCGUGGUUCUCUCAGCCGGAGCUGAGCACUCCGGUGCUGAAGCUGGCCGCUGAGUUGGCGCAGAACAGGAACCAGCGGUUACACUUUGACGUCUCCUCACCCAAUGGGAUACUGUUGUUUAGAGAAUUAUCAGCUUUUAUAUGUGCUUAUGGCAGCAGAAUAGUUACAAUAGAAGUAAAUAAGAAGGAUAUGUACGCUAUGAAAUUGAAAGGCAUAUCUGUCUGCUUUUGUAUACUGAAAGCGGCUCUCUGCGGGAAUUACGCCAAUUUUGGUGUCUUCAGGUUGUACGGCGACGAGGCGUUAGAUAAUGCAUUGAAUAUGUUUGUUAAACUACUUCUGCAUAUACCACAGAGCGAUUUAUUGGACUAUCCAAAACUAUCACAGACAUAUUAUGUAUUACUAGAACGUCUAGCACAAGAUCAUAUGCCAUUUCUAUCUUCAUUACAACCUGAAGCUACAUUAUAUAUAUUAUCUUCUAUAUCUGAAGGAUUGACUGCAUUAGAUACAAGCGUUUGCACUGGAUGUUGCGCAACAUUAGACCACAUUGUGACAUAUUUGUUCAAACAAUUAGUACAAAAAACGAGCAAUAAAGUACCGAAUCCAAGACAACCUCCGCCUGAGACGAGCAACAUGUUUGUUGAAGUACUACAAAGGAGGCCGGAGAUUAUGCAACAACUGCUUGCCACUGUAUUGAACGUGAUAAUGUUUGAGGAGUGCUGCAACCAGUGGUCAAUGUCCCGUCCCCUGCUGGGUCUGGUGCUGCUGAAUGAGGAGCAGUUCUCUCGUCUGCGAGCUGACCUGAUCUCCCGACAGCCGAGAGAUAAACAGGCUCAGCUGGCGCACUGGUUCUCCAACUUGAUGGCUGGAAUUGAACCUAACUUAUUGACUAAGAAUAGAGAUAGAUUCACACAAAACUUGUCUACUUUCCGUCGUGACAUCAACGAUCUCCUGAAGGGAGCUAACGUCAGCUCUCAGCAGAGCAACGACAUGAUGACGUCAUAACUCAUACAUACAUACAUACAUACAUACAUACAUACAAACGUAUAUUUUGUGAAAACUAAUAAAUAUAUGACAAUUUGAUAGACGCUAGUGAGCUGUCAAAUUUGUCUUAUUCCCAAUUAGUCAGAUUUGUUAGAAAACUUUGUCUAUCUUCACGUUUUUAAUGCUCAAUGCCGUCACUAAGUGGAGAAUUCUUCACUAAGUAUCGAUCUUAGUACAGAAAUGUAAAAUACAUUGAAGAUUUAAUAUAUGUGGAAGAGAGAAAUAGUUGAUUCAAUAUACAUCUCUCUUUCACACCACAUAUAUUAUAUCUUCCUUCUCUCUCGUGUAACGAAUUUCAUCACUUCGAUAUAAUUUCAUGUAAAUAAUUAUUGAUAAGUUAUUUUGUUGAAAAAGUUGAAAAAAAAAUUGA